CAAAGCUUUUCAAAGCCCACGAGGACGAGGACGAGGAGCAGGAGGAGCAGGACGACGACGAAGAAGAAGAAGAGGAAGAAGAGAAUGAGCGAAGACAGCGGUGGCCAAAAAGUCGUCCCUCGCUCGAGUUGUUCUCCUCGUCGCCCACGACAGAGCGGGAAAAUCCUGUCAAAUUCCGCCCUCUGAAAUUGCCACUUCCUUCGGAGGAGGAGCAGCGGGAGAAGGCAGUGAAAAAAUUAAAUUCUCUGCGCGGAGUAUUCACCGCGUCUGCUCGGGCUCCUCAUCUGGUUUCAUGAGCAAGUUUGGUCUGUUCAAUUCAAGUGUUUGCCAGUAGUAUUUAGCGUGCAUGUCUGUGCCAGUUUGAACUUGUAAGGUGGUCGAAUUGAUGCUCAAGGGCGCCGGUGACGGAAGAAGGGCUUCUGUAUUCUUGAGGUUUGAGCUCGUCCGUCGGGACUACAAGUCACUGAGACUGGGAGAGGCUAUUUUUAACGGGGUGGUUUAAGAACUCGCAGCGUUCCGGAAUCGCGGGGAAAGUGUCCAUUUUUAUCCGUGCUGGGACUGGUUACAGUCUUAGCCUAAUACGAACAACCCAAAUUUACAACUUCAAAUCUACGGGCCAACCGCCUUUUGUGUGGCCGAGGCUCUGUAUUCGUGUUUACGCCCUCGCAAUCCAGCAGGGAAAGUGUUUUCUCGAGGUGUAGCAGCCAGAUGCUUGGAUGAACUAGCUGACCACCGGGCGAGGUGGUGGAUCAUCCGGACGAGGCAGGUUCCGUCGAGAUUACACGAGAAAAAUUGAUGGUGCAAAGGCUCGCCAAAACGGCGUUUCCAGGUUGCAAUGCCGGUGGGAGAUGUUCGGUGACGGCCAUAAUCUGGUCUCUAGCUGGAUGGAUCCUCUUGAUUCAGGCUUACACGACUCUGUUUCCUGGGCAAACCCGGCUCAUCGUUGAGCCGGAAGAGCAAUGGCGGACUGUAUCUACAAUUCGCAGAGACCUCGAGGAGCAGGUGAAGGAAAAAGCUUCGGAUAGCACUCGAGUACACGAGGAAGCUGUUUUGCAGCAUGAGCUCACCGCCAAGCAACGAUCCGCAGCCCAAGAAGCGGACAAUAAAGCGAAACUUGCAUUCUACUUCCCCGACAAGAGCACAGCGAUCAAUCCUUUGAAAGCAGAUGAUGUGGAUAGGCAGGUGUUUUUCCCCGCGAGGGAAUGGCGUGAUACGGAAGGGCGACCAAUUCAGGCUCAUGGGGGUGGCGUAUUGUACGUGAAGGAGACGAGAACGUAUUACUGGUAUGGGGAGAAUAAGGAUGGACGCACUUAUCGUGUCAGCAGACGCUCUGUGGCUAGGGUGGACGUAGUAGGUGUAAGCUGCUAUUCAUCAAAGGACUUAUGGGCUUGGAAAAAUGAAGGUCUUGUACUGAAAGCUGAGAAAGCCAACAGAUCGAGUGAUCUUCAUGUGAGUAACGUUGUAGAACGACCGAAGGUCAUAUACAAUGAUCGCACGAAGCAGUACGUGAUGUGGAUGCAUGUGGACAAUGCGAACUACUCCAAAGCGAGCGUGGGAAUAGCAGUAAGCCCCACACCAACGGGACCUUUUACAUAUCUGCGAAGCAUGCGACCCCAUGGCCAUGAGAGUCGCGAUAUGACCGUCUUCAAGGACGACGAUGGAUUGGCCUACAUUGUGUACUCCUCCAGAGAUAAUAGUGAGUUGCAUAUUGGCGUUCUUACAGAGGACUAUCUGGAUCUGCGGAGAGGAAUGAGAAGGAUAUUGAUAGGGCAACACAGGGAAGCGCCCGCAGUUUUCAAGCACAGGGGAAUCUACUACAUGAUAACUUCUGGAUGCACUGGAUGGAUGCCGAACCCGGCCCAAGUUCAUGCUGCAAAAUCAAUGUUUGGUCCGUGGGAAACCAUCGGAGAUCCGUGUGUUGGUGGACCACCCGAAUUCAGAACUACAACUUUCGUCUCCCAAGCAACCUUCGUUCUUCCUCUACCAGGUUUGCCAGACACUUUUCUCUUCAUGGCCGAUAGGUGGAAGCCAACAGACUUAAGAGACUCUAGAUAUGUGUGGCUCCCCCUGACAAUGGAUGGACCAGCGGACGAGCCUUUGGAUGACGAGUUCGAAUUCCCCCUUUGGCAGCGGGUUUCCAUCUACUGGUACAGGAAGUGGAGGCUUCCUGAAGGUUGGGAUGGGUCCCCGGCCAUUGCUGUAUCUUGAUUGACUCCUUUCUUUAUUUCAAAAUGGUGUACAGAUCUCCACGAGCAAUUAACUUAUUAUAGUUUGUAUCAUAGGUGUAGAUCAUUUCAUAGAAUAGAAGUCUUUUUUCACAAAAGUCGUUAUCAAUUGCUACAGGUGCAAGUUUACUGCUUGUUGUAAUUCUUGCAGUAUUGGCAGUUUUAAAUGCCUACGCGCCUACUGAUCGUGAUAAUUUUGUUUUCAUCGGUCGUGUACUCGUCUCACGAGUCCUUCGGUCCAUCUUUUGGUGAAGUUGGACCCUUCUUGUUAAAUCUACGAGGGUACAGUAUACUGUAGCAAAGAGUCCAUUCUCAUGCGGUACUUCCCAUGCGCUCUGUGCACUGAGCCUUCUCCGUGCUUCUCGCGGUAUAAUGAAAGAAGCAGGAAUAUUGGAUCAGAGGAAACUGCAGACUUCACUUCAUGAGCAAAAUUCGUCAACGAGGACCAAAUUGAAACCUCAAAAUAUCGUGUCACUGUAAUUUCUGACGAUGACGCACUCAACCCUCGAUCCCUGUGAUGCCCUUGCAACAAAAAUCUGCUCAGGACAUGGGCUUUGGUGGUCAGGAGGUUCGAAGUUUGUGAUAUAGGUGGUGACCUGCCUGGAACAUGUCUACUGGGAAAUUGGUUUGUCACUGACUAUCGUCAAUCUGGAAUCCAGCAUUUAGCAUGUUGCAAUGCCUGCUUAUGUCCUCCUGACUUGGUUAUCCCCUUCAAACCUAAUCCUGCGGUUUGCAUCUGAACAAUUUCAGUACUGUAC